UGGCGCCCGUGCGCAGCGGGGCGGCUGUGCGGCGCGGCGGACGCUCGGUUGGGAGCCGCGGGGCCGGCGCGUCCCGCCCUCGGAACAAUGGGAGCGGGCGCGCGCGGCGGCUGGGCCGCGCUGGUCCUAUGCGCGCUGCUGGUGCUGGCGCUGCUGAAGGCCGCCGUGGACAGCGCGGGCCUGGACGGACCUCCAGACGCAAGGAAGUUGGUGUCUCCAGGAAAUGACAGUGCUGACUCAACAGGCAACGCCACCACAGUGACCUCCAGCCACACGAGUGCGCCCCCCAACACGACGAAAGCCCUCACGCCCGCCCUGUCCCAAGUCCUCAGGACACACGCUGUCAGCACCUCGACGCCCACAGCAGCACCCGGAUUCACAACACAGGGGGCCUCCCCAAAUACGACCUCUGCCACCCACGUCUCCCACAGCGCGUCCCAGACGCCGUCCACCGCGAGCACGGCCCACAACCGUUCGGCCACCUCUGUGCCUUCAUCCGUGACAAUCACAGCAACUAUCAAUUCUAAAGAAAACCCAGGAUCGAAAUUUGAUAUUGGCAGCUUUCUCGGUGGCAUCGUAUUAACCCUGGGAGUUCUGUCGAUUCUGUACUUCGGAUGCAAAACGUACUAUUCACGAAGAGGCAUUCGGUACAGAACCAUCGAUGAACACGAUGCCAUCAUUUAAGGGACUCCAGGCACCAAUGGGAAGAUCAGUACAGCCCUAUCGAUGAAUUUGGAUGAUUCUCCUUGGAAACAGUAUACGCAUGUGAAGAUGCCUCAGGAUUGCUGAAGACAGAGUUUGGUUUCGGUUUUUAAAUGAGCAUUUGCAGUGGUUACAGUCACUUCUAAAAACACACAGACCAGUGCCGUUCUCCUUCUUGUGGUCUUGGUCACGCCGGGGGAGUAACUCACUGUGCCGGCACGUACUGACGACACAGACCUUCACUGCUCCCCAAAGCCGGCUCGGCUCUAAAGCCACACUGCAGAAAUUCCGAGUAAAUCAGGUCUCCGACACAACUUUAGUUUUAAAGCUUCACGCUUGGGUGAGAAACAAAAGGCACCACCCUGCCCCCAGCACAAGAACGUGUGGCUGAGCCCUGUUAGAGCUUGUGUCGUCAUUACAGCUUCUGUGGCACUUAGUCUGUCUUUUCCCUCUCUCAUUUCUGCACGUCCUAGCAGCGUGUUCACGAUCUCAUCCGCUUACCUUCCUACUGUGAGUGUUGCCACUGCCGGAAACUGCGCUGUUUCAUAAGCACCAGUUAACUGUAGGUUGAGUCGUAGGAUGGUUUAAUGUAGUGUAAACAUACUAACAUAAGCCCCUGUGGGAUUUCGCUAGAGUUCUAGAAGGCUGUGUGGAUCGAUGCAGGGAUAGGAGGGCACCCCUCAGGCUACUGACCUACAGGAAGAAGAUGCUGUAUUUUUGUGCACUGUUGAUUUUAUCUGAUUUGGGGAUAUACUAAAAAACCUUUAUUCCAAAUACAAAUCCUUAAGCAAUUUUUAAGACCAGAAACUUAUUCUUUAGGCCCCUCCUCUCCUGUAGAGGGGCACUUUAGGCUGUAUUAGGUUAACAGAGAAAGCACAGUAUUGUCAGGACACCAGUAUCAGUCAACUUAUGUUUGGGUGUUCAGUUUUCGAGUUUACAUUACAGCAGUCAAAACUCACGGUCAAGUUUUGACAAGAAAAAAAGCUGUUUCGGUCAUACUAAAUGACUGCGCAAAGUAAAGUACCACCACUUUCUGCCAACAAGCUAAGAUGUCCUGAUGACAGUGCGUCUACACUGAAGAGGAUGGCCCUUCUGGGACCAGCUUUUGGCCUUCAGAGAACGUCAAGAAUUUUGAUACAGGACAAUCCUUCCUAGUCACUGUGCAGCCAACUGAGGUGGUGACCAUGGGUAGUGUGGUGAGGACAGAGAGGUGGGCUGAUUGUGUAACUUGCCUACCUGGUCUUUAAACCACUUUGAUGGAUACAGUGAUGGGGGCCUUUUACCUUUUCCUCCUUUUGUCUUCUGCAUUCUUCAGUACUUGAGGUCGAACCUUGUCUUCCCUGAUACUUGCUUCUCUAGCACUUUGAAGAUGUGAAACCACUUUUUUUUAAGUACUACAGGUCAUUAUAUGCCUUUAAAGAUAGAAAUAAUGUAGUUAAUGUUUUCUCUCUGCUACCUUCAAAUACCAGUACUUGGGUGCAGUCACUUUUUUUGGUUAUCUGCAAAAAUAGAGGGAAGUGGUAACAUGAACCACUGUUUCCCUAAGCAUAAAUUUAUAUCCCAAUUAUGUUUAAAUAUUUCAUUGCAUUCUCGGAGAAUGUAUUUACUUGAAGAUACAUUAGAAUCCAAUCUGUGACUUUAAAUGUCUUUGGAUAAAGUUAACUUGCAUACAGAUAAAUGAGAGUUCGCAAUAUAGUACAGUGAGAAUUUUGUAUUUUUGAGGAGGAAAAUUUAAAGCAAAUUUUUUACCUCUUUUUUUCUUUUUCUUAUAAUGACCAGCUUUUGGUAUUUCAUGGUUACUGAGAUCUAUUUUUAGAAUAAAACUUUGUCUUCAUCUAA